AUGGCCGCGGCCGCCGAUGUUCGCGACAUGCUGGAUUUGCCCGCAGAAGGGCAGCCCAGACCACUCAAAAAACAGAAGGUCGUCGAAAAGCGACCAGAGGGUAUCACUCGCGAAUUGUACGCGCUGCUGGGCGAAAGGGCGCCACCGAUCGCGAUUAAUGAGAACAAGUACAAGGGUCGUCCAAAAUGGAUGAACAAGCUACGCGUCCGGCCAUGGAGCAUGGCACCAUUCACAAACAACGCCCGUUCCGAUGGCCUGGUCCUACAUCACUGGCAGAGAACGCACGAGUCAGCGCGACCGCCUGUGCCUACCACUACAGCCGCCCCAGAAGAUUCGCAGAUGGAGGUGGACCGGCCAAAGGAAGAUGGAAAGGAGGAGGGGCCCAAGGUACACGAGCAGGAAUAUGCCUUUGCCAAGUACAACGUGAAACCGCGCUUGCCCAAGAGAUAUACAGACGACGAGUACAAUCGACAUCUCAGAAGUGAUGACUGGUCACGCGAGGAAACGGACUAUUUAGUGGAUCUCGUCACUGAAUACGACCUUCGUUGGGUGGUUAUCGCCGAUCGAUAUGAUUACCAACCACAGAUGGACAUGGAGCCAGAUGCGAAUGCCCUUGUGCCGGCAAGGAAGCAUCGAACAAUGGAACAGAUGAAGGCGCGAUACUAUUACAUUGCUGCAACGAUGCUCUCGUUAGAGCACCCACCCUCAGAGAUGUCCGAGGCAGAGUUUGAUCUACAUGAAAAGAUGCUCAAGUUUGACCCCGAUCGAGAGCGCGACCGCAAAGAACUAGCCGCCCUCCAACUCAAUCGCACAGCCGACGAGGUGCGCGAGGAGGCGAUGCUACUCGAGGAGCUGAAGCGCAUUACAACCAACGAGCAGAACUUCAUCACCGAACGCCGAGAACUCUACUCCCGCCUCGAAGUUCCCAUCAGCGUCGGCAACACAGCCAUGUAUCAAUCCAGCGCGGGUCUUUCCCAACUCCUGCAGACUUUGCUGCAAGCCGACAAAAGCAAGAAGCGCCGCUCCAUACUCGGCGACGGUGCUCUUCCCAGUCCCGCCGGUCAGACCCCAACCGCAACCGGUGGCCUAGGCCGAGCCGAGACACCCGUCACACAAGGUGUCGGCAACAAGAAAGGAUCUAUCGCCAAGGAAACGAACCAAGUUGUGCGUGUGCUUACCCCUGCCGAGGAAGCGAGAUACGGUGUCCAGCACCACGAGCGUGUCUCAGCAGGCGUACAAUUCCGCAGCGACCGUGCCCAGCGACUCACUCAAGCCAAAUCCAACGUGCAGACCCAGAAACUGGCCAAUGCCCUAUCCGAACUUGAGAUCCCAGUGCGCCUUUUCAUGCCCACAGAACGCGUGUGCAAGGACUUCGAGAAACUCAUCCAGUCUGUCAACAUGCUUCUUGAUGCCCGCAAGGUCUCUGAAAAGGUGGAGAGCGAGAUUCGUGUUCUCGAGGCCGCGAAGAGUGAGCGCGAACGCAAAAUGAGAGAAGCUGCUGGUACUUCGGGGCAAACUGCGGCCGAUCAUCCACAAGUGAAGAAGGAGGCCCAAGACGGGGAGUCAGGCGUCGGGGAUCCUGCUAAUGGAGCGGGCGGUCCCCAGGCCGGGCAACAGCAAGGGGAUGGUAAUCACAAGCGAUCUGCUAGUGUGCUCAGUGCCUCAAGUGACAAGAGCAGCAAGCGGCAGCGGCGGUAG